GCGGCCGGCAGCGGAGGCUUCUGGGCGCUGCAACCCCGGAACCACACCCGGGGAAGGGAAGGGAGGGGAAAAGCAGCGGCAUGGCGACGGCGUUCAAAACAGUGGAACCAUUGGAAUAUUACAGAAGAUUUUUGAAAGAGAACUGUCGACCUGAUGGAAGGGAGCUAGGUGAAUUCCGGGCAACCACUGUCAACAUAGGUUCAAUUACAACUGCGGAUGGGUCUGCCCUGGUGAAACUGGGAAAUACUACAGUAAUUUGUGGAGUUAAAGCGGAACUUGCUGCACCUGCGGUAGAUUCUGCUAAUAAAGGAUAUAUUGUUCCAAAUGUAGAACUGCCAUCCCUCUGUUCAACAAGGUUUCGCUCUGGACCUCCUGGCGAAGAGGCUCAAGCAGCAAGCCAGUUCAUUGCGGAUGUGAUUGAAAAUUCACAGAUAAUAGCGAAAGAAGAUCUGUGUAUUGCAAAUGGCAAGCUCGCUUGGGUGUUAUACUGUGACAUCAUAUGUCUGGACUAUGAUGGAAACAUCUUGGAUGCCAGUGCCUUUGCUUUGUUAGCAGCAUUAAAAAAUGUCCAAUUGCCAUCUGUUACUAUAAAUGAAGAAACUGGUUUGUCAGAAGUUAAUUUAAAACAGAAGAAUCCUUUGGUUAUCAGAAAGCAUCCAGUUGCCACAUCCUUUGCUAUAUUUGAUGAGACAUUACUCGUAGUUGAUCCAACUGCUGAAGAAGAAGACUUAGCAACUGGAACAGUAACUAUUGUAACUGAUGAAGAAGACAGACUCUGUUCCGUCCAUAAGCCAGGUGGAAGUCCUCUGACAGGAGCCAAGCUUCAGGACUGUAUCACCAGAGCCAUAACAAGACACAAAGAAGUAAAGAAGCUGAUAGACAAAGUAAUAAAAAGCAUAAAGCCGAACUGAACAAAAGGCAAGAUCUUUUCAAAAGUGGAUUUGUAAAAAUUGUAUUUGUUACAGUGUUCACAAACCUUUUUAUACUAAAUAAACAAAUACCAAUAC